UCGGAAGACGCUUACAUCAUGAAAUCUCUCCGCCGUAUGUGCGGCGGAAUUUAUGCGUUUCAAGCUGACGGGCGAUAAUUGGAAUGGACUUUUUCGACAAUCAACUUAUAUAAUUAAACCUGCACAAAUAUCAUCCUUUACUAAUCCAACUUUGAGCUGUUCUUUUACAGUCAGACAUUCAAUUCUUCACGCACUAUCUACGACGGCGUAUAAUUAUAAUUCUUACAUUUUUUUAAUCUGAUUCAGUUAAUUUGCUAUUGAUCGAAAAGGACACAAUAUGGCUACUUCGGCGCCUUUUGGGGUUCUACCUCAAAGUGAGGCUGUUGCCGAGAAAGUGGAUAAGGUUAUCGAGGAAAAGGCAGACCGAAAUGUCGGGAAAGAUAGUGAUACAGAAUCCUCGACUUUAGACUCGACGGGAGAGAGGGAAGAUGCUGCCAUUCGUACACUUGCGAGACAAAUUACACAAAGAUCUAUGGAAGGUGUUAAAGAUCAUAAUAUAAACCCAUUUCUUGGAUCAGAUGACCCUAGACUCGAUCCAUCAUCGGAGAAGUUCAGUCCUAGGGCAUGGACAAAACAUCUCGUCCACAUUCAAUCUCGAGAUCCUGAAAGAUAUCCCAACAGGACGGCAGGGGUCGCCUAUAAAAACUUGAACGCUCAUGGAUUUGGUGAAGCAACCGACUACCAAAAGACUUUUGGCAACUACCCACUGGAGAUUAUCGGCAUGGGGAAGAGGGCUCUUGGGCUCAGCAAACCAACUAAAAUACAGAUUUUAAGAGAUUUCGACGGGCUUGUUAGAAGCGGAGAAAUGCUUGUCGUGCUUGGUCGACCUGGAUCUGGAUGCUCAACUUUAUUAAAGACAAUAUCUGGAGAGACAUCGGGAUUCUAUGUUGAUAAGAACACAUAUAUCAAUUAUCAGGGAAUACCAAUGGAAACUAUGCACAACGAUUUCAGGGGGGAGUGCAUAUACCAAGCGGAGGUUGAUGUACAUUUCCCUCAAUUGACCGUGGCACAAACAUUAUCAUUUGCAGCUAAGGCUAAAGCCCCUCGGAACCGCAUACCUGGUGUUACAAGAGAGCAAUACGCUGAUCAUCUUCGAGAUGUCGUAAUGGCAACUUUUGGACUUUCUCAUACAUUCAAUACGAAAGUGGGUAAUGAUUUUAUUCGAGGAGUGAGUGGUGGUGAGAGGAAGCGUGUCAGCAUUGCGGAAGCUGCUUUGGGAGGAAGUCCCCUUCAGUGCUGGGACAACAGUACAAGAGGUUUGGAUUCUGCGACUGCAUUGGAAUUUGUCAAGACUCUCAGGAACUCCACGGAAAUGACUGGAUCCACAGCUGUAGUAGCCAUUUAUCAGGCUUCUCAGUCAAUCUAUGACCUUUUCGACAAGGUCGCUGUACUCUACGAAGGAAGGCAAAUAUAUUUUGGUGAUAUCAACGCGGCGAAGACAUUUUUCAUCAAUCUGGGAUUCGACUGCCCAGCUCGACAAACUACUGCUGAUUUCCUAACUUCAAUUACAUCCCCGGCAGAGAGAAUCGUUCGACCUGGCUUUGAAGGCAAGACUCCAUACACUCCGGAUGAAUUCGCCGCAGUUUGGCAAAGUAGUGAGGAUAGAGCCCAGCUACUCCGGGAGAUCGACCAAUUUGACGCCGAAUUUCCCAUUGGCGGACAAGCUCUUGAGGUCUUCAAGCAUUCGAGGAAAGCAGCUCAGGCUAAGGGUCAACGUAUUAAGAGUCCAUAUACGAUUUCACUUCCAAUGCAGAUUAAAUUAUGCGUGGAGCGUGGAUUUCAAAGACUUCGGGGUGAUAUGACUAUUCUCUUAUCCGGUCUUAUAGGUAUGUCCCAGCUCGUAGAUAUAUAUUGAGGCAUAUACUGACAUCAAAUAUUAGGUCAAGUAAUGAUGGCUUUGAUUCUUGGUAGUGUUUUCUACAAUCUUCCAAAUGAUACCAAUAGUCUCUACAGCAGAGGCGCCCUCUUGUUUUUUGCCAUCUUGAUGGCAGCAUUUCAGAGUAUGCUGGAAAUUCUUACUCUUUAUGCUCAAAGACCAAUCGUUGAAAAACAUACCAAAUACGCUUUCUAUCAUCCAGUUGCAGAGGCUUGUGGAUCCAUGUUGUGCGACAUACCGAAUAAAGUAUUCACGACUAUUGUAUUCGAUCUUACUCUUUACUUUAUGACAAAUUUACGGAGAACCCCCGGACAUUUCUUUGUAUUCUUCUUAUUUACCUUUCUGUGUACUUUGACGAUGUCUAUGUUCUUUCGGUCCAUCGCUUCACUAUCACGAAGCUUAUCAGAGGUUUGUGUUAUUUCUUAUACACCUCUCAUUAUUCAAUUUGCUUACAUAAACAGGCAAUGGCGCCAGCUGCCAUCUUUAUCCUUGCUAUCGUCACUUACACUGGGUUUGCCGUCCCAAUAAGAGAUAUGCAUCCCUGGUUCCGAUGGAUCAAUUAUAUCGAUCCAGUUAGUUACGGGUUUGAGGCUUUGAUGAUCAAUGAAUUCCACGGCAGGCAGAUUCCAUGCUCCGUAUUUGUACCCUCCGGCGCAAGCUACACAAACGUUGGUGCUGAUGAGAGAAUUUGCUCCACCACCGGUGCUGCGGCUGGCGCAAAUUACGUUGAUGGCGACAGAUACAUUGAAAUCAACUAUCGUUACUCUCACACGCAUCUCUGGAGGUGAGAUUCAAUUUCAAACUGACUUUUGAGACUCUAGCUAACAUCGUUGGGCAGAAACUUGGGCGCCAUGAUCGGCUUUAUGCUUCUUGGCUGCGCCGUUUACCUGAGCGCCAGCGAAUUCAUCUCAGCCAAGAAGUCCAAAGGAGAAGUCCUUCUAUUCCGCCGUGGUCGCAUACCUUAUGUUUCUAAAUCAUCCGACGAAGAAGCCAAAAUGGACGAUCGUAUGACAGCGGCAACUGUUACCAGAACGAAGACUAUCCCGGAUGCACCACCUAGUAUUCAGAAGCAGACUGCCAUAUUCCAUUGGGACAAUGUUAAUUACGACAUCAAGAUCAAGGGCGAACCUAGGAAACUAUUAGAUGGAGUUGAUGGAUGGGUCAAGCCUGGUACUUUGACAGCUUUGAUGGUAAGCCUUUAGAGUAUGCUAAGAUCCGCGAAACAUUAACUAACUAUGACGCCUUAGGGUGUCUCUGGUGCUGGAAAAACAACUCUUCUCGAUGUGCUUGCCUCCCGUGUGACCAUGGGUGUUGUCACUGGACAAAUGCUUGUAGAUGGCCGUCAAAGAGAUCUUGGCUUCCAAAGGAAAACGGGUUAUGUCCAACAGCAGGAUCUUCAUUUGGCUACUUCUACUGUUAGGGAGGCACUGGCUUUCAGCGCUGUUCUUCGUCAGCCGAAGGCUACUCCACGUGCUGAAAAGCUCGCCUAUGUUGAUGAGGUCAUCAAGGUCCUGGAGAUGGAAGAAUAUGCUGAUGCUGUUGUCGGUGUCCCAGGUGAAGGUAUGCACUCGUUUCCGUUUGUUCUUACAUUUUUAAAUCGUGUCUCACAAGUCAUUUAGGUCUUAAUGUUGAACAGCGUAAACGUCUCACGAUUGGUGUUGAACUAGCAGCAAAGCCGGCUCUGCUUCUAUUUCUUGAUGAACCCACUUCUGGCUUAGACUCUCAAACAGCUUGGUCUAUCUGUGCGUUGCUUCGUAAACUCGCAGACAAUGGUCAGGCUAUCCUUUGCACAAUUCAUCAACCUUCUGCGAUUCUAUUCCAGGAGUUUGAUCGUCUAUUAUUCUUAGCGAAAGGCGGAAAGACUGUCUAUUUUGGCGAAAUUGGGGACCAUUCGAAGGUCUUGACUGAUUAUUUUGAACGCAAUGGUGCUCCUCCUUGUGGAGAUCUGGCCAAUCCUGCAGAAUGGAUGCUUGAAGGUGAGGUGUAUCACUGAACAGAUCAUUCUUGAGCCCCCGCUGACAUUUAACGCAGUUAUUGGCGCCGCUCCUGGGUCUGACACCUCGAUAAACUGGCCAGAGACCUGGAGAAAUUCCCCGGAGCGUCAGGAAGUAAAGGGGCACCUUGCAGAACUGAAAGCAGCGCUGUCUCAAAAGCCAGUCGAAAACGACCCUACGUCACUCAAUUCAUUUGCUGCAGGUUUUGGAACCCAAAUGCAGGUUGUCCUCAUUCGAGUGUUUCAACAGUACUGGCGUACUCCUCCUUAUCUUUACUCUAAGACUAUUCUCUGUACUUGUGUUGUAAGUUAUAUCUCCAUACAAUCAUUCAUAAGAGCAUUUAACCAACAAUUUGCAGGGUCUCUUCAUAGGAUUUUCUUUCUGGGACACCAAGACUUCUCUUCAAGGAAUGCAAAACCAACUUUUCGCUAUCUUCAUGCUCCUCACUAUCUUCGGUAAUCUUGUUCAACAAAUCCUGCCCCAUUUCGUAACACAACGUUCUCUCUAUGAAGUUCGCGAACGCCCUUCCAAAACCUACUCCUGGAAGGUCUUCAUCCUCUCCAACAUCAUCGUCGAGCUUCCAUGGAAUACGCUUAUGGCCGUCAUCAUUUUUGUAACUUGGUAUUAUCCUAUUGGUCUCUACCGAAAUGCCGAAAUGACCAACGCCGUCAAUGAGCGCAGCGGUCUCAUGUUCGCCUUCGUUUGGGCUUUCCUAAUGUUCACGUCCACCUUUACCGAUUUCAUCAUUGCCGGCAUGGAAACAGCGGAAACAGCAGGAAAUGUAGCUAACCUCUUGUUCUCUCUCUGUCUCAUUUUCUGUGGUGUCCUCGCUAGUCCUACUGCUCUCCCUGGAUUCUGGAUUUUCAUGUACCGCGUCUCACCUUUCACAUACCUCGUCUCGGGAAUGAUGGCCACCGGACUUGCCAACACAGAAGUCGUAUGCGAUUCCAUCGAAUAUCUUCAUUUCAAUCCUCCUUCCUCACAAACAUGCGGCGAUUACCUCAAUUCUUAUAUCAGCGUCGCAGGUGGAUAUCUGAACAAUCCUGAAGCGACUACUAAUUGCGAAUUCUGUAGUAUCCAAGACACUAAUGUGUUCUUGGCGGCGGUAAAUAGUUAUUAUGGUGACGUGUGGAGAAAUUGGGGCUUGCUGUGGGUUUACAUUGCGUUUAAUGUUGCAGGCGCUAUUGGUAUGUAUUGGUUGGUGAGAGUACCAAAGGGUGCUAGUCAAGGGGAGGAUGAUGAGAAGAGUGCGAAAAAGGGAUGGUUCUCGAAGAAGAAAGCGGAUGCUUAGAUGGGCGGGUACUGUGGUUUUCGCGUUGGUGGUUUCAAUAGAUGGGCAAAACAAUGAGGCUUCGGGUGGCCUCAUUUGCUAUGUUUCGAUUUUAUUGGAUUCAUGAUCUUAUGAGACAGGUUGAUGCGUUGGGGAUAGAUUUCUCUCGUGCGGAGAUGUUUUUUACUUGGUUGAUUCUAUAGAAGGGGAAGAUGAGAUGGGAUGAGAUGAGAUGAGAUGAGAGAUGAUUAUGUUCGUACUUAUUAUAUCCAUAUAUGAGUUUUGUAAUGUUGUCCAUGGGCUUCAGAAUAGAUUACUUGCUAUAUAUAGCAGUUAUUUAACGGAUUC